UUUUGAACGCAACAUGAUUUCACAGAAAACAAGAAAAUAUUAGUAUUUUAAAAAUAUUGGCCACAAGUUGAGCCCAUUCCGCGGAGCUUGUUUGUAUUCCGGAAGCGUCGAGUUAAAUAGUGAAAUGUAACGAGCGCCUUUCAGCUGAAAACCUGCAACACUGGAAGAAUCAGCAUGAGCGAGCACAGGCUGCUGUUUAUAGAUAUUGAACCGAAGUCAAACAGCUCUGCUCCCGUCCACAGCAGAGCUCAGAUCCCCCUCUGGACGCGCAGCGACAACACCUUCAGAUUUAACUUCCUCCCUGACAACUCCACAGCGAUUCAGGAGAAAACAUCUGCAUCAGACGGCGCUGAAGCAGCGGCCGGCCGCAUAUCGUUUACAGGACACGGCUCUGCUUUUGCCUUCAACUUUCAAAUUCCUGCCGCUCCACCAGAGGAGAAAAUGGACACAACAGAAACCCCAGAUGCUUCCUCACCAGGUCACCAACAAUGUGUCCAAGAGGACAAGCCUCCCCCACUGCAGGAGGGUGACUCUGAGGGUCAAUCUGAGCUGUCCGAGCAAGCAAAAGCAAAGAAGAAGAAGAAGAAAUCUGGAAAGAAAAAGCCGUCAGUUAGCACCGAGGCAGCGCCGAGUUCAGCUGAGGGGGGUCAAGGAAGCGAGGACACAGAGCUGAGUGCAGAGGAGCAGCUGAACAGACAGCUGGACUGGUGCAUCGAGCAGCUGGAAUUAGGAAUGAGAUCCCAGAAAAGUACACCGAAACAGAAAGAGGAAGCCUCACGCGCUCUAAAGACGCUCCGAAGCUCCAAAGCUCCUCUUGUUAAGAAGAGGCAGCUGAUGAGAGCCAUGACGGGAGAUUACCGGAAAAAAAUGGAAGAGGAGAAGAGCAAGCAGUACAAACUCAUUCAGAGCGAAAUGGCUUCAGCUCAGGUCAAAGUUGUGACAGACUCUCCGAAGAAGUCUGUUUUCCACCGGAGAGCCGACGUCAAAAGCCAGACACCAGCCAGAGAGGAGAACCUGCGACUAACUGACGGCCGGGAUACAGACCUGAAAGGACCGGAGCAGGAGCAGGAGCAGGAGCAGGAGCAGGAGCAGGAGCAGGAGCAGGAGCAGACGCCAGCCUUUGUCUUUACUCCAUCAAAGGAGGAGUUUCGCUUCAAUUUUCUACCCUGAAGACACGUUUCACCACCAUACAGUACGCUGGACUGGGCCUGUGGACUGUGACUGAGCUGCAGGGGUGAUAAAGGGAGAAAAACAAUCAGGACUUUUGCAAUCACAUGUUCAAAAUCUUUAAUUGCU